AUGGCGAGCUCAAGAGUGAUUGGUCUUUUAUUCUUGGUGUUACUCCUAGUGGAUCUAUGCAUCGCCGCUAGAUCUUCUAUCUAUGCCACAACAGAAUAUGGGUUGGAUGAAGGAGGUGAUAGUGGCGGUGGGGGUGGUGGAGGCGGCGGUGAAUCUGGUUUUGGUGGUGGCAUUGGAUAUGGAUAUGACCCUGGCUCUGGAUCCGAAUAUGGGUCAGAUGAACCAGGUGAAGGAGGUGGUAGUGGUAGUGGGGGUGGAGGCAAAGGUGGUGGAGGCGGCGGUGGAUCUAGUUCUAGUGGUGGCUUAGGAUCUGGAUCUGGCUCUGGAUCCGGACAUGGGUCAGGUGAAGGAGGUGGCAGUGGAAGUAGGGGUGGAGGAGGCAGAGGUGGUGGAGGUGGAGGCGGCGGCGGUUCAGGAUCGGGAUUUGGCUCUGGAUCAAGACAUGGGUCAGGUGAAGGAGGUGGAGGAGGCAGAGGUGGUGGAGGCGGCGAUGGAUCUGGUUCCGGUGGCGACUCAGGCUCAGGAUCUGGAUCUAGCUCUGGAUCCGGACAUGGGUCAGGUGAAGGAGGUGGCAGUGGCACUGGGGGUGGAGGAGGCAGAGGUGGUGGAGGCGGCGGUGGAUCUGGUUCUGGUGGCGGCUCAGGAUCUGGAUCUGGACAUGGGUCAGGUGAAGGAGGUGGCAGUGGCAGUGGGGGUGGAGAAGGUAGAGGUGGUGGAGGUGGCGGUGGAUCUGGUUCUGGUGGUGGCUCAGGAUCUGGAUUUGGCUCUGGAUCUGGAUAUGGGUCAGGUGAAGGAGAUGGCAGUGGCGGUGGGGGUGGAGGAGGCAGAGGUGGUGGAGGCGGCAGUGGAUCUGGUUCUGGUGGUGGCUCAGGAUCUGGCGGCUCAGGAUCUGGAUCUGGACAUGGGUCAAGUGAAGGAGGUGGUAGUGGCGAUGGGGGUGGAGGAGGUAGAGGUCGUGGAGGUGGCGAUGGAUCUGGUUCUGGUGGCGGCUCAAGAUCUGGAUCUGGCUCUGGCUUUGGAUCCGAACAUGGAUCAGGUGAAGGAGGUGGUAGUGACGGUGGGGGUGGAGGAGGCAGAGGUGGAGGAGGCAGCGUGGAUCUGGUUCUAGUGGUGGCUCAGAAUCUGGCUCUAGAUCUGGACAUGGGUCAGGUGAAGGAGGUGGUAGUGACGGUGGGGGUGGAGGAGGCAGAGGUGGUGGAGGCGGCGGUGGAUCUAGUUCUAGUGGUGGCUUAG